AGGCACAAGACUAUCGGAGCAGCUGGAAUGCCAACGGAACGAGAGAUGCGUGAGACGAGAGCUGCUCAGCAAUGUCUCACUUAUAUGAUUCAAAACUGCCGAAGUGUAAUUCAUGCCGAUAGUGAUGCACCGCUACUCAAAGAACUCGGUCUUCGUGGUCCACGAGCUUUUCUAAUUGAUCGCGUAAACGAUUUGAUUAGGGAUCAUUCCGAUCGCUGGAAGUCGUGGAUAUUCGAAGGUAUCCAUGAGGAUGUGGAAAUCUCAUGCAAAAUGCCAAAUGAGGAUCAUCCGCUGAGGCUGUUUCGCGUAUGGGUGGAUGUAGCAGCACCACCAAAACAAGUGAUGAAUAGAAUUAUGAGAGAAAGAAGCGUUUGGGACACAUCUGUUGUGAAUUGGCGAACUAUUGACGUCUUACAAGCUCCAGAUACAGACUUACAUCAAUACGUUCUUAACGAUACUGUGGGACAUCCAACAAGAGACUGUUUUGUCGCUCGCUUCCAUAAAGCGGAUCUUUCGGAAAUUCGUGGUGCGUGUGCAAUUGCGGAACGUAGCGUUCAGUGUAGUGAGACGCAACUACUUGGCGGGACAUCUGCAGCAGUCCUCGAUAGUCACUUCCUUAUUGAGCCAAAAGCUGGGCAUUCUCGAGUUACUUAUAUCUCAAGGAUUGAUUUGAGAGGACGAGGUCCAGCCUGGUACAAUAAAGUCUACGGUAAUAUUGUUGCUAGACAGAUGAUUCGAUUGCGCGAAUCGUUCCAGUCAAGUUCCGAAAAUAUUGGGCCGGAGACGAAAGUUUGA